AUGACUGAUCUUCCUGAACUGCAAUUUACCUCGCUGGACGAGAUCCCCGCGCGCAUCUCCACUACGCGCAAGGCAUUUUUGGAGCGAAAGACCCGUGACGUCGAGUUCCGUCUCGUUCAGCUCCGCAAGUUAUACUGGGCUAUCAAGGAUAAUGAGGAGUUGAUUUUCCAAGCCUGCGAGAAGGACCUGAACAAGCCUCGUUUCGAGACGAAUCUCGCGGAGAGUCAAUGGCUUCUGAAUGACAUUGUUUUCACCACGCGUAACCUGCACCAAUGGGUUAAGGAUGAGAAGGCCACGGAUAUCGAUCUCGCCUUCAAGUUCAUGAACCCUAAGAUCCGGAAGGACCCCCUUGGCUGUGUGCUGGUCAUUGGUGCCUUCAACUUCCCCUUCCAGCUCACUCUCGGCCCCGUCAUCGGUGCCAUCGCCGCCGGUAACACUGUCGUGAUUAAGCCCAGCGAAAAUGCGCCCCGCAGCGCAGCUGUCAUGCAGAAGAUCAUCGAGGCUAGUCUCGACCCCUCGUGCUACACGAUUGUCCAGGGUGGCAUUCCAGAGACACAGGCCUUGCUCGCCGAACGAUGGGACAAGAUCUUCUUCACCGGUGGUGCCAACGUCGGACGGAUCAUCGCCAAGGCGGCCGCUGUGCACUUGACCCCCGUGGUCCUCGAGCUGGGCGGUAUUAACCCGGCUAUCGUCACCAAGUCCGCCGACCCCAGACUCGUCGCUCGUCGCAUGCUUUGGGGUAAGCUCUUGAACGCCGGACAACUCUGCACCUCGCAGAACUACCUGCUCGUCGACAAGUCACUUGUCCCGCAGGUUGUCCAGGAAUUCAAGAAUGCCUACAAGGAGUUCUACCCCGACGGUGCGAAGAACUCGCCCGAUUACUCGCGCAUUGUGAACGCGGCUUCGUUCGCCCGCCUUAAGGGUAUGCUUGAUGGUACCAAGGGCAAGAUCCUUAUGGGUGGUACCAUGGAUGAGAAGGAGCUGUUCAUUGAGCCUACCGUUGUGCAGGUCGACUCCGUUGAGGACUCUCUCUGCACCCAGGAGAGCUUCGGUCCUUUCAUCCCCAUUCUGCCCGUGGAGAACUUGGAUGAGGCCAUCCAACUCGCCAACGGUGUUCAGAGCACCCCGCUGGGUCUCUACCCCUUCGGUAACAAGGCCGAUGUCGAGAAGAUCGUCUCCUCCACCCGCUCCGGUGGUGUCUCCUGCAACGACGCUGCUCUGCACAUCCCCACCCUACCUUUCGGUGGUGUCGGCGAGAGUGGCUAUGGAGCCUACCGUGGCCGCUCCAGCUUCGACGUCUGGGUGCACCGCCGCCCCAUCACCUCCACCCCUAGCUGGCUCGAGUCCAUCCUGGCCAUCCGCUACCCGCCGUACGCCGGCAAGAUCAGUACUUGGAACACCGCCAGCGCUCUCAGCCCCGACUUCGACCGUGACGGCAACAAGCUGACUCUCGGCUGGUUGCGCUACCUCCUCACCUUUGGCGGAGGCUCUGCCGCGUCUGGUGUAGGUAGAGCCGCUACUGUUGCUGCCAGUGAGUAA